UGAAAGGGGAUCACGAAAGUAAAACUUUAUUGUUGGAGUUUUAUUCUAGGCUUUUAAUUUAAUACAUCAUCGAAAUAGCAGCUUGCUGUUCGUUUCGGAAACGUUGGACAUAAAAAGGAUACUUCAACAGCUGAAUAUGAGACUUUUGACAUCUAGUUCCUGGAUGCUGGAUGUGCAUGUAUGUUCGAGGAAUAAGAGUGUUUUAAGCUACGUGUUAUACCCAGACCUUCUUGCUAUAUAUAUGUACUAUAAACAAAUAGUGUAAAAAAUCUCCCAAGGACAUUCAGCCAAAGAAUUUGUGCAUUUACCAUUAGUGUUUGUGAUUUAAGCUAUACGGGUAUGUUGUACAAGUAUGUUCGUACUGUAACCAUGCAUUGAAAACAGAGAUUGUGUAUAGAAUCUUUCAAAGACUUUUAGCCAAAGAUUUGUAGCAUUUUUCAUCAGUGUUUGUGUUCAUUCCCAGCAGAUGCCCUGUGACCAUAUGCCUCCUCACGACAGACAUCCGGUAGCCAUCAUUGUGAAAUCAAACUUUUUUUGUCUUGUUCUCCUUUUAGGCACUGUUUUAAUAGAUUUCCAGGUAUUAGCCAGUAUUCAGUAUUCUAAUAGCAAUGAUUCCAUGUACACUGCUAAUACAACAAAUAUUUUUGAUGCAAAGAACAUCUCAAAUGUCACAGAUUUUGUUAACACAAGAAACGUUUAUAAUGCAACAAACGUUUCAUCACCUUCUAGUGCAGAACCUGAAGACAUCUCAAGGUCAACAUCAAGUUCAUUGACCAGUUCUGUACAAGCAUCCCAAACAUCACAUCAAUCCAUGCCUCGAAACAAAACCGAUCACUGGGAGCGGACUUAUGACGUGGCAUCAUGGCUGCCCAAGAAAAAGAAGAAGCAAUCUCUGCAUGGUGGUAAAGUAAAUCUGGCCAUCAUCCCAGUGCUUGCUCUCCUGUUCUUUAUAACAGUUGUUUGCUUGAAGCUCUGUUCAUUUUUCCGCAAAAGUCAUCGAGAGAAGGAGUCGGAAACGGGAUUCAUGGAGAACUAUUUUAUUCUGAAUCACGGAGAUGAGGAAUACAUGGAUGUUGAUCUGCGAUCCGAUUCGUCUGUUCUUUACGACACAGUGUCUUCAUACACAUCGUUUCUCCGUGGUGGCAGCAACUACAAUACGUGGAACUCUGUACGGUCUGUUCAAGUGGUGCUGCCCACCGAUAUGCAAGCUUUAUAUAAAGCAUUCCUGUUGCAGCGUAAGGAAAGUAUAAAUUCAAGCAAGGGUUUGAUGAAGAAGCCUGUGGUUUUAAGAGAUGUUGAAGUCCAGGUAGAACUGAUGAGUAGAGAUGUCAGGAAAUCAAAACCUAAUGACAAAGUUUGGCAUACUGAGGAAAAGAAUACGAAAAACAAGUCAAAGCUUCCAACGUUAAAGGUUAUGGGUUCAGAAUGCUCAGAUCUUGGAAAUGGUUUUGUCAGUCAAAGCAGUAGUAAUGUUCUGAAAAAUAACCAUUCUGGCGAUGCUGCUGGGAAAGAAUCCCUUAAAGUAUCCAACAUUACUGAAAAUAAAAGUAUUAGUGUUGGUACAAAUAGUACCGAUGAUGGUUCUCCCAGUAAAUUUCAAAAGAAGCCCCACCGAUUUAAAGUGUCUUUUGUCACUGACGAUAGCGGAAAUGUAGUUUCUUCUUCCCAACCAUCUUCGAUUUCCCCAAGCAUUGACAGUCAAAACCAUUCCCCAUCUUCCAUUCUGUCAAAUUCUACCCUCUGGUCUAAGACAUCUGAAAACUAAACCACCAUUUCAAGAUGAAAUGAGUAUUUGAAACCAAACUCUUGCAACUUUGCAAUCUUGCAGUGCCAUGCAAAAAGACUUGCAAAGAUUAUGUGAUGUUAUUUAAGAGAGCCUAAGAGAACUGUGUAAAUUAGGCCCCAGAGCCCCAUUCCAUAAAGCAAACUUAGCGCUAAGAUCACCUAAAGCACAUAUCUACCUUAUGUACAUGUAGUGAUUCUAGCCCUAAGUUAUGGAAUGGGGCCCAGGUCUACAGAGUAAGUUUCAUUACAUGAAAGCAAACAAAAAUUGGUACAUUUUAGAUGAAUAAUAAAUUUAAAUAUCUAUGUUUUCAAAUUUCACUGUUAAUUAUUGCAUGCGUUUGGCAUUUUUGUAUGCAAGAAUAUAAUAUAUGCCACAAGAUUUUGGUAUGUUUUUAGGCACAAUAAAUAAACAAAAAACAAAGUGUAUGAAGCUCGGUAUUUAAUUUAAUACAUUACAAUCUGAUCAUCAUUUUUAUUCCAUAUUCCAACCCAUUUGCAUGCUUUCUAUCUACCAAAACAGGGUGGGUCACUAUAAGACCAAUGGUUUCUGGUGACUGUUUUUGUGGUUUUGUUUAGUUUUGUUUUCUGGUUUAUAAGUAAACCAUACAUAUUUAGAUUACUGCCUCAAGGAACAGGUAAACCCUGGCUAUAACGUAAUCUUAGAUGACUUAAUAAACCCCAACACAUUCCAUUUCAAAAGUUCAUAACGGCAAUAAAGUUGUGGGUAAGUGAGUUUGGAAUUCCUUGUUAUGGGUACAUGUAUUUAAUGUAGCCUAAAAACAACCCCAUAAUUCAGGUCUUUUAUUUAAUAUCCAUUGAAUAAAAGAAAUUAAAUGUAUACGUGAACAUGUAUGUACAUUGUAAAUACAUUGGGAAUUGCAUAACUAUUUGACAAUAAACAUUGGAUCCUUCCCAAAAGCUAAUGGCACUGAAAAUUCCAAAUUUGAUGUGUAAAUAUUUUUGCAGUUAUGUCUUUCUAUUCAAUUAAUUUAAUAAUGGUGUCAUGCAUCAUUCAGUGGCCUAAAAAAAGCCUAUUCCAAUUAUUAUUAUUAUGUCACACUAAUUUUCCCAAUCCCAUCAGACAUAGCACCAUGACAAAACAUCCUGGAUAAAUCCCUGGAAUUGUUCAAAUACUUUUAUUGUUAAGAUAUGUACCGAUUCAAGAUUUGGUGCCAAUAAUAUUUUAACUGUCCUUUGCGAGUUCUGGUCUGGUGCUUAUAAAACUUUUAGAGUUUAGACUCGAGACUAAUAGAGUCUGAGACACUAAUGUCAUUACAGCGCUUUACAAAUUGUAUGCGUGUGACGUCAUUAGAGAUUGAGUCUGGACUCUUAGACAUUUUAUAAGCAAGGGCCCUGGUGUCACUUUAAAACACCAAUGGCAACAAUUUAAAUGGGCUUGUAUUGGUUGAAUGGCAUACAUAUACAUUUAGGACUAACAUUUUGAUUGCAAACAAGCCAUUCAUAUUUAGGCAUCACGUAUGCAUAUCAUUUAAUUGGUAUGUGCAUUAGUAAGCCAUUUAAAUAAAGUUAGCAAUGUGCUGGGCCGAGUUCAAAUAGACUGAAUAGGAAAACAUUUGCGAUAUAUACUGGUUUAUGUAUGUCACAUUAAACUGAAUGACAACGAGGAACCAGUAAAAUUGUUAAUGCGUGUGGUGUUUUGUUUUAUUUUUUAAUCAUUUAUUUAUUCGAGUCCCACAUUUUCCCCCCAUAAGCACUAAAACUCGUUAAACUUCCGAUGUCUUGUGCCUCCAAGUUUCAUUAAAAUGUUUUAAUUCAUUUAUGAACUGGCUUUAAGACUAUUCUUAGAAACCAUAUAUAAUUGAAUUGAAAACACAUGCAUUUAACCUGCAACAAUUUGUUGAUUAAAACUUGUUAUUAGUGAUUAAUAUUUGAGUGUAAAAUCUAGUUUUAGUUUUUAAAAAUUAUUUUUGAUUGUGUUAUUUGAACCUGUUUUUGAUCUUUGUUAUUGUUAAGAACAUACAAGUGCUUUUGUAUCAAAGCUAUUUAUCUUGAGAGAUUAGUGUUAUUUGAUGUCUUUUUAAAUAACCACAUUGGUAGUUGAUCCAUUAUGUAUGUUGUACAUACAGGAACUUAAGUAUGUGUUGCAGAUCUUUGUCGAGUUUUAUUGAAAAUUGACAGAAAAAUUUUCAUUACAGCAGAUGCAGUUCAUAAGUUGAGAAUUGUGUAGUAAUUUCUGAAAUUUACAUAGAGAUGUGCCAAAUGUUGCCUGGAAUUGUAUGGAAAGAGCUAUUGGGAAAUGAUUAAUACUCUUGGAAUGUUAAAUAAAGGUCCCGUUUUUUAUCGAUUACAUUUUUAACCAUUUAGUAUUCAUGUACUUAAUUUUUGUGUACUUACCAUUUGUGACACCCAAUAGCCGAUGUGUAUUUUUGUGCUGAGGUGUCGUUAAACAUUCAUUCAUUCAUUUAAUUUUUGUAGUGACACACACACGCACACACACACACUUUCAUAUGUUUGGAUUAAACGUCAUUGGACCGUAUAGUUUCUCUAAAAUAUCAACAAUUUUAAUAAAAACCAAUGCAAUAUGUACAUUUUUAGCAAGUAUCUACAUGUAUCACCACAAUUUACAUGGUUCACCCUAUUGGUAACCAGAUUAUUCAGUUGUACAUUUUUAAUACAUAUUGAUUUAAGAUUUAAUUGUAUAAAACUGGAUAUUUAAAUAAAACUGUAUCGUUUUGUGUUUUUGAAUUAAUAGUACCGGGUAAUUGAAAAAAAGAAGAAAUGCCCGAAAUUAGUGACAGCAAAUCUAAACCUUAAAUAUAAGCCAGCUGGUUAUGAUUUAAAAGAUUUACAAGUGGUCAUUUUUACAAGUGUGUAUCUCAGUUUGAGAAGUCUGAAGAAUCAUAAUAUGCUAUCAUGUUUGUUGUAAAAUAGUUGUAACUACAUCUGAAGUGUCCGUUUUGAACUGUGUCAUAACUCAAUAUUGUAUCAUAGAGUAUAAACAGUUUCAUUUACGGUGAUGAUUUAUUAGAUCAGUAUUCAUGAUAGCCACAUCAGAUUUCAAGACCAUACCUAACCUGAAUUGAUUGUGGUGGGGGGCGGGGGGGGGGGGGCUGUUACCAAAAAUAAGUUCACUGUAAUAUUGUGUCUUCCUCAGGGGCACAGUAAUAUACAUGUAGGGUCUACCUCAGGAGCACAGUAAUAAAGGGUCUUCCUCAGGGUCACUGUGAUAUAAAGUCUUCUUUAGGGGCACAGUAAUAUAGGGUCUACUUCAAGAGCACUAAUAUUGGGUCUUCCUCAGGGGCACAGUAAUAUAGGGUCUUCUUCAGGGGCACAGUAAUAUAGGGUCUUCCUCAGGGGCACAGUAAUAUAGGGUCUUCCUCGGGGGCACUGUAAUAUAGGGUCUUCUUCAGGGGCACAGUAAUAUA